AUGGCUUAUGCUGCUGUGUCUUCUCUUGAGCAAACAAUUGAUCGCCUUUUAAAUUCUUCACAUAUUUCAAUUGCUCAAAAUUCAUCCCCACAAAUCAUAGAACUUCUCUACAAGGAGGUCCGUUCCUUAAGAGAAGCUCUCAGACAAUUCAACGCGAGGAGGAGCACCGUUAACGUGAAGAUGGUCAAAACUUUGGAGGUGGAAAUCAUAGUUGCGGUCCACAAAUUUGAAGAUGUAAUAGAAUUCCAUGUCGCAGAUCAGUUCCAUUCACAAUCCGAAGAAAAACAAGAAGAGACCACUAAUCAUCCACCAUUAGCGUUGUUCUCAGUAGACGUGCAGGAAAUAAAGCAAGAUAUCGAUUCAUUUAUUGAGACGGCGAACAAGAUGAACAAGGCCUACGCUCAUGAGUUAUGCAACCCUUCGCCGGAAGAAAACGAAGAUGCUUGUGCGGUCCGUUCAAGAAUUGCUUUUGAUGGAAACGAGUCCAACAUGGUUGGGUUAUCUGAUCUAUUUAUCAAAAUCAAAGAUCAGCUUGGAGAAAAUUCCUCACAGUCCAAAGGAAUGAUUUUCAUACUCUGUGGAAUGGCAGGUAUUGGUAAGACCACUCUUGCCAAGAAACUCUUUCACGAACCAUCAAUUGCGAGUCAUUUUAGCAGACGUGUGUUUGUCAAAAUUGGCCCAAAGUAUCGAUUAGUCGACAUCUUGGUUGAUAUUCUAAAACAAUUGAAUCCUGGCAUUGAAGAAACAAAUAUUCUCAAUGGAGAUGAAUUAGUAUUAUUAGCUGAGUUGAAAAGCAUGGUGUACCAAAGUUUAAAGAAAUUGAGAUACUUGAUCGUGUUGGAUGAUGUAUGGAACAGAGAGCUCAUUUCUGAAUUGAGAGAGUUAUUUCCAGAAGACAAUAAUGGAAGUCGAGUAUUGCUGACGACCAGGCUCCAACAAAUAGCUGAAUGGAAGAAAUAUAACGUACCAUUCUUAAAUAAGAAAGAAAGUUGGGAUCUUCUUCGUCAAAAGGUGUUUGGUGAAGAAUCGUGCUCGUUUGGACUUGAGAAAGCUGGAAAGAAAAUUGCCGAGAACUGUGAAGGUCUUCCCCUUACAAUCAUCACAGUUGCCGACAUUUUAUCCAAAGCAGAGAAGACAACAGAGUACUGGAACAAGGUAGCCGACGAUAAACAAGAUUCAGUUUACAAGGAUGCAUAUGCUCAAAUAUCAACAAUACUAUACCCGAGCUACGAUUACUUAGAUCAACAUUUAAAAGCAUGCUUCCUCUACCUUGGAGCUUUCCCACAAAAUCAUAUGAUAUCAUUGUAUGACAUGAUCAACUUGUGGAGUGUUGAAGGGUUUCGUGACUCGGAAACAGCUACCUACCCAGGCAUGGUCACGACUUUCACGGAUGGGGCUAACUAUUAUUUUUUUGAGCUUUACUCCCAAAAUGUUGUCAUAGGAUAUCAAAAACCAGCGUCGAUUGUCCAUUCGCAAUAG